AUGGUGCUCCAAGCUCCCGAUUCCCUCUCCAAUUCAUCCGAAUGCCUGCAAAAAUUUCAGGUUUUAUCCGAUCUUCAUCUGGAAGUCAAUCGGGAGUACCAUUCGUUUGAGAUACCAGUGUGUUCGAAAUAUCUGAUUUUGGCUGGCGACAUCGGUCGUUUGGUGGAUUACCAGGAUUAUCUCGCGUUUCUCGAGAAUCAAACAAGACAAUUCCAGACUGUUUUUCUAGUCCUUGGAAACCAUGAAUUUUAUGGCCUUUCGUUCAAUUCCGCACUCGAGAACGCCAGAAAACUCGAGCAAGAACCAUCCUUAAACGGACGGCUCGUAUUGCUUCACCAACGUCGAGUCGAUAUACCAGACAGCAAAAUCUCGAUACUAGGCUGUGUGCUAUGGUCUCAUAUACCAGAAGAGGCAAAAGGAGUUGUCCGCUCUAAAACUAAGGAUUUCAAGCACAUCGAAAACUGGACAGCGAAUAAACACAACGCGCUUCAUAGCUCUGACUUGACUUGGCUGCGGCAAGAACUCGAUAAGAUUUACCACGAUAAUGCGAAAGAACCCUCGAAGACACGAUCUGUUCUAGUGAUAACACACCAUGCUCCUUCUUUACAGGGAACUUCGAAUCCCAAAUAUGAGAACAGUCCGUGGAGCUCCGCCUUUGCGACAGAUCUUUUAUCCCAUCGAUGGGACAGUGUCAAUACUUGGGUUUUUGGACACACGCAUUACUCUACCGAAUUUAAUAGAAAUGGAUUAUUAGUUGUGAGUAAUCAGCGGGGAUAUACUGUCUCGCAGAGUAAUGAGCCAGGGAGGUUUGAUCCAAAGAAGGUGAUCCGUGUAUGA